UCUACCAAACCUCAGCAGCAGCAGUACAGAGAGCAGAGUUAAGAUUUUUUUUGCAGAGAAGUUAAUACAUCUACGGCAAAGCUGAAGAAAUACCAUGAAGAUCAUUUUAAUUUUACUAUCCAUUAUAGCGAGAAGUACUCAACUUACGCUGAGUGACUGUGGCACAGAAGCAAGGCGGCCACAGGUGAGCGACAUCGCGGUGCAGUGUGGCACCGCAUCCAUUGGUCUGGCCAUUCAGAUCUGCCCAGUCGUCUACACUGGCUACAAUGAUACUCUUCUGAUCCUGAACCAUAUGUUGGACCUGCCCUGUAGAGCAACCCUUGACGAGUCUGUGAGUCCGCCUGUUGCUCGCUUUAACUUCCCUCUCAAUAUGACCCAUGCCUGUGGAAGCACAUUCAGGACCAGCAGUGCUGCUGGGACGGGUAUAUUCUCAGACUUUUCCAACAUUCAGACAGUGAACAUCAGCGGUGUUAUUCGCUCUGUCGAUCCUACAACAGGUGCGAUCACUUACAAUGCUGAGCUGAAGUACUACUACUCCUGUGCCUAUCCCCUUGAAUACCUAGUCAACAACACCCAGGUUGAUGUGUCAGCCUCCUCCAUUGCAAUCAAGGACAACAAUGGGAGUUUCAUCAGCACCUUAAGCAUGGAGCUCUUCAAGGAUGCCAACUAUACCAAACCACUGACCAUUCCAAGGCUGGGGAUUGAGCUGAGGACCAGCGUGUAUGUCGAAGUCAAGGCCACCAACUUGACUGGGCAGUACAACGUCCUCCUUGACCGGUGCUACGCCUCUGUCUCCGCACUGCCUACCAACUCCAGCUACUUCAACCUCUUUGUCCCCUGCUCAAAAGAUCGUUUCACCACCAUGGUCGAGAACGGCGACAGCCAGAGUGCCAGAUUCCGCUUCCCGGCCUUCCGUUUCAUCGAGCAGCAGAACGAGACCGUGUCCACCUACUACCUCCACUGCAUCACCCGGCUGUGUGAAAUCAGCACCUGCAGCACCUUCAAGCAGUGCAGCAAAAGACGGAAGAGGAGCUCCCUGGACACAUCUGUCGAUGGCAUAAGCAAGACGUACACCAUCACCUCUAAUGAGAUCAUCACCAAAGCUGACACCAAUGAAUCUAAAGAGAAGCCCCUUGUUGCUGAAGAAGAGGACUCUGCCGUUGGGCUUGGAGUUGCUGUUGGCAUCCUUGCCUUUGCUUGCAUUAUUGCCCUUUGUGUUUCAGCUGUGUUUUACAAAAGGCUCAGGACCUAAGGAGGCAUUCAUGUGCUUAAUGCAGAGUACUUGCCACAGGCCUUUGGGUAGAAUACUUUUUGAGGGGUACUGUGUUUGCUCAUUGAUUUUACUUUUCUAGUGGAGGAUAGGGGUCAGCUCAUCACUGCUGUGAGAUCUUUGUAUGUCUGUAACUAUAGCCCUACCUGUGUAUCACUCCUGGAGAGAUAGUUGGGAGAAUGGUCUGUCUUUUGAAGAUUCAGUAGAUCUAUUUGUUAGUGUUUAAAAUUACUAAACCUCCAAAUUGUCAGAUAAAAGCUAUAGGUGUUAUUGCAUGUCUGCACUUUAUAUGCUUUGACAAAAAAAAUAUAAAAAAGAAAUGGUAACUGGAGGAAGAAAAAAUAUCCAAAAACAUUACAGGGAUCCCAGACUGUUUAUGUGGAAUGACAGGUGUGUGGGGUGUUUUGAAAGAGAAGUCAAAGUACCUUUCAAAGUAU